AUGAUAGCAGUUGUAUUUGUGAUAAUGAGCACUUUGGUUUUAGACGUACAAAUAUACUGGCAUAUAUUUACUGGAAGCAGUAAAAGAGAUAUGUUCCCUGGGCCUGUCAUAUAUGCUGCUGCAAGUUACACUUCAUGUAAGGGAAAUUCUAGAUAA